CAUCAAAGUCGACUUUAGUCCAGAGUUAACAACCGGUUCAAACGCUCGCGGUCUUUAGUUUACAUUGAAAUUAAUUUUAACUGAUAAAAUAAUCAACAAAUUAAUUAAUUAACUAAUCAAUAUGUUCAAUAAAUAGCCGCGACAUUCCUAGAUAAAUUUGUGACUGGAAUAAAAUGAUUUCUAUUGUCUUAUAAAUUGAAUAUAUUAAUAAUAUAUAGAUAUAUAUGUUGUUUUAUCUAUUGUAAUAUAAUUACAAAAGAAUCAAUUAUCGGUAUGUGUAUUUAAGGUGCAUUAUAUUUUAUUUGUAUUCAGUUUUAUUUAAACGACGAGGGAAAAAAGUUUACGGAAAAUGGAGCUGAGGGUGACGUUUGCGGCGAUUUUUAUUUUUUCGCUGGGAGGAAACGUCGAAGGACAUGGGAGACUUAUAGAACCACCUUCGAGAGCUUCAAUGUGGAGAUAUGGGUUUGAUACUCCGCAUGAUUACAAUGAUAAUGAGUGUUAUUGCGGUGGUUUCACGCGACAAUGGCAGCGGAAUAAAGGAAACUGUGGAAUUUGCGGCGACGCUUGGGAUAUUAAACCGCCAAGAGCACACGAGACAGGAGGAAAAUACGGCAACAGUAUCAUAGUCCGCAAGUAUAAAACGAGCCAACUGAUCCCCAUAAGGAUCCAAAUAACAGCAAACCACCGCGGGUACUUCGAAUUCGGCGUGUGUCCAAUGACGACCCGGGGCCAGGAAGUAACUCAAGACUGUCUGAACAAAAACAUACUGACAAUGAAAAACGGCACCGCCCGUUACUAUCCAGGCCUGGGUAACAAAAUCUUCGAAGCGUACUACAAAUUACCUUCAGACUUGACCUGCGCCCAGUGCGUCCUCCAGUGGCGUUACGUCGCCGGUAAUAAUUGGGGUGACUGCGGCAACGGAACGGGCGCUGUCGGCUGUGGACCUCAAGAAGAAUUUCGCGGUUGCGCGGACAUAACAAUAGGCGACAAUUACCCAGCACUCGCAUUACCAAAGACACCGUCAUCGACUGAAGAUUCAUCGAAUACUUCAUCAACAGAACCCACAGACUGGCCAGAAGUUACCGAGACUCCGUACUGGUACUUGAGUUUUAUUAUUUCUGGUACAUGUCUGCUGAUUGUCCUGGCAGGACUCGCGCUUAUUUACGCGUACUAUUACUACGCUGGACAAGCCAAGAAAUGGCUGAUGACCAGAUGCGGACCAGAACCAGUUCCAGUUCCAGUUCCAGUUCCACCACCGCGUCUCAAAAGACCGUCGACUCUUCAUCUUUAAUUUGUACAGACUCAUAAACUAAAUAAUAAUUUUUAUUAAUUAAUUUA